CACCUUGACGUGACUAUUCGCCUUUUCACAAUCUUGCGAAGCACCAGCCGAGCGAUACAAGCCAUCAUGUCCGGCAACAAGUCUUACAUGAUCAUCUUCCGUAACGAGGCUCCCCAGGCCGAGAUCGACUCCAAGAUCCGCGAGGUCGAGAACAAGGGCGGAAAGAUUGGCCAAAAGUUCGAAUCGGGCAUUCUCAGGGGCUUCGCGGCGACCAUGAGCGACGACGAGGCCAACCAGCUCAAGGCUCUCACCGAGGGCGGCUCCCACCCCCACAUCGAAUACAUCGAGCCAGACCAGACGAUGAAGACUAUGUAGAUGACACUUCGCAGGAGAUGUAUACUACUACACUUUACAGCAUGAAGCAAGACCCUUGUGUUCUAGUGGGCCUCCCUCCUUCUCG